AAAGACCACAGUCCCUUGCGUUCUAAACUGGAAAUGCGCAUGUCAGAUUCCGGUUGUUGUCAGUGGUGGUUAUGGAGAUGAAAUGGGACCUGGACAAGCUGUCAAAAUUGUUCUGAUGUUAAUGUGUGUCUCGGAAAGAUGCCCCGGAAGAUAGGAUUUGUGGUGGUCAGCUCUUCAGGCCACGAAGACAGUUACAGUGCCAAGGAGCUGAUGGUCCAUGCUCCUACAGUUAAUGGUUGGAGGUCAACUAGGUUAUGCCCGUACCCCCAGCAGGUCACUCUACAGCUGGUGGAGCGCAGCAGGGUGCGCAAGCUGCAGCUUCUGGCCCACCAGUACCUAAUUUCAGCCAAGAUUGAAUUUCACAUUGGGGACAGUCUACCAGAGACCCACUCCUCUGAGCACUCCGGACCGCUCCGCAGACUGGGAUACGUGUCUCUGUCCGACAAUGAGAAGACUGGUUUCAAAGCUCGAGAGCUGAAGUCUGUUCAUGUGGACGCGAUUGGAACGUACCUUCGCAUAACCUUCCACAGAAAUCACAUAAACCGCUACAAUGUCUACAAUCAGGUUGCAUUGGUUGCCAUAAAUGUUUUGGGGAAUUCUAUGGAUGGCAAUGAUAUUAACACAAUUCCCAGCCGAGAGCAGCUGAUAGAGCAUUACCUCAGCAGCUCCCAGCACGAGGGUGCUCUGGAUGGGACUUACAUGGGUAAAUGUGAGUCCAUCUCCCCUCUGGAUGACCUGGCCUUCGACAUGUACCAGGACCCAGAGGUGGCCCACAUCAUCCGCCUGCUGGAUGACAAGAAGCAGGACAUGGUCCACCUGGAGCGAUACGACCUUGCCAAGACACUGAAGCAGGCUAUCGCUGACCUGCAGAAGGUGGGGGAGCGUUUGGGUCGCUACGACGUGGAGAAGAGGUGUGCCAUAGAGAAGGAAGACUAUGACACAGCCAAGAGGAAGAAGGAGCAGAUGGAGGAGUACAGGACGACUGUGUACCAGCAACUGGAGGUUCACAAUCUGCUGGACAUGAACACAAUUACCAGAGCCGUGGAGUCGUCCCCGAGCCAGGAUCACCCCUCCCCCACUCCCAGACACCGGCCCCCAGGCAUCAAGCCCAGGGUGUCCAUGGAGACCUUGAGCAAGGGAAAGAAACAGGAGUCUAUGCCCAGGCAGGUUGAGCAGGUGACUCCACCCAGACCUGCCAGCCCUCCACAGCCCCAGCCCCCCUCCCCCCGUGCCCACCCUGACGUACCACGCACAGACGUCAUCACCCUGCCUUAUGAUGAGAGGCCUCUACCUGCUCUGCAGAAGGAGAGGCCAGGGGAGACGCCCCAAGGCCAGCAUGAGGAGUCCCCUCUGCCCCUGGAGCCUCCGGCUAGCCCCCGCAGCCCAGGGGUGGGUGCCGUGAGCGGGGAGCCUGAGCCUCUCACAGAGAGAGCUCAGAGAGAGGCCAGCUUCCCCAUAGAGGUGUAUGGAGAUGGCCUGGUAGCGGGGGCCUAUUCAAAAACCUGGUCAUACCGUGAAGAUGCCUUGUUGGCUGUUUACAAGAGGCUGUCUGAAGUCCCCCCAGGGACCCCCAAGGAGGAGCUGAGGAACAUGAUGAGGGCAGCAGUGUUCCUGGUCAAGAAGGCCCUCCUGGACAAGGUGUCAUCUGUGUUCAAGGCAUCUCUGAAGCUGCUGAGAAUGCUGCUGACCCAGUUGAUCCCAGGCCAGGGGCUGGGCAGGGUGGAGGUAGCCCACUGUGUGGAGCAGACCUGGCCUAAUCUGCUCUCCAGAACGGGGGACUCAGCUACCAGGCUAAGGGCCAUGGCAACAGCCUUCAUUCAAGAUAUGGCCCUGUUCAAAGAGGUGCGAUCCCUUCAGGUGGUCCCGGGUGAACUGGUGAAGCCCUUCAAGAUCAACUUCCCUGGACGCCUGGCCCUAAGUAGGGCUAAGCUACUGGACAAGCUUCUUGGAGAGUUGGGCACAGUUAACUCUGGCUUCACCCUGGACAAUGUUAUGAAGUUCUGUACAGCUGCACUCGAGCACAGUGCGUCUGAGGUAAGAGAGCUGGCCGUCCACAUCAUCCUGGCCAUGUACCACAAGCACAAGACUGGCGUCCUUAGCUACCUCCCGCCUAACGACGGUGCCACGCGCAAAAACAUCCUUUACAAGAGUAUAUUUGACGGCUUUGCCAAGAUCGAUGGGCGACCCAUUGAAACACAGAUGUCAAAGAAGGGGGGAGCCCAGCAGGAGGGAGAGAAGGAGAAGGAGGAGAUCCGAACUCUUCAGGAGCAGCUUGCUGCCUUGAAGGAGAUCAGUGAAAGGGGAAAGGAGAAUUCCAAAGGACAAGAGAAAGAAGCAUCCAAGGUUGCCAAAACAGCUGUAAGAAAGGCUCCCCAAAACAAGACCUCUGAUCCAGGAGAUAAUCAAUCAACGACUGUCAGCUAUUUAGACAAUCUGUGCAUUUUCUGUGGAGGAAAGGAUGCAUCUUUCACUGAAGAUGGCCUGGAUCUUCACUACUGGAAGCACUGUCCAAUGCUACAACGCUGUGACCAGUGCAGACAGGUGGUUGAAAUAGCUAGCUUCACAGAGCAUCUUCUGGGGGAGUGUGAAGGCAGAGCGGGAUUCAGCCAGUGUCCUCGCUGCUCUGAGGCAGUAUCCACCAAUGAGCUGGCUCGCCACGCCCAAGGUCCCGCCUGUAACCCCCCGGUUUCAGGAAAAGGAUCCAACCACUGUCCGUUGUGUCAUGGCAACUUCAUGCCUGGAGAGGAGGCAUGGAAGGCCCACCUCAUGGGCCAGGAGGGCUGUAAACAAAACUCACGGAGGACUGCGGUACCCCAGAGAACCCAGCAGGCACAAGGGAAGCCAGGCAGUGAAACGAAGCUGAAGCAGGCCUGGUCUGUUGGAGCUAGAGGCAGAGGCAGGCCCAUGGGCAGAGGAAGCAGGAUCCCUGCCCUGGCACGUGGAGCCAGUCGAUCCCAAACCAACCGCCACAUGCCAGCCAAGUGGUGAAUGAGUACCUUAGACAUCAUCUUCUUAUAACCCCUAAUCUUUCACUUUUCCUUUCCUCAGAAUG